AUGAAUGGUGAAGGUGACAUGUGUGUUAAUGAUUCAUGUUUCAUGCUCUUUGGUAAGAAGAUUCCGGUGCCGGAAUAUCAUCUUCCGGUGAGUUCUCAGGUUCAGGCCAAUUCUACAACCAUGAAAUCGAAGAAUUCUUCUAAUGAAGAAAAUGAAUCAAAAGUUACUACCACCACUGUGGAAGAUAACAUUGAAACAAGCAGCAAAGAACAAGACAAAAUCCUAAAGAAACCGGACAAGAUUGUUCAGUGUCCGAGAUGCAAGAGUUUCGACACGAAAUUUUGUUAUUUCAACAAUUACAAUGUCAACCAGCCUCGUCAUUUCUGUCGGAGUUGUCAUAGGUAUUGGACAGCAGGUGGAACGAUGAGAAACGUUGCUGUCGGUGCAGGGAGACGGAAGAACAAGCAUAUCACUAAUGAUAAUGGUGGUGGUAACAAUUGUAGAGAAAACGGAGAUGAAGAAUCGUCGUUAUGUGUAUCGUCUGUGACAAAUGGUUAUACUCGAGGAAACGAGUUAUCCGAAUCAGAACAUAAUAUGCCAAAACAUUUGCAGAGUUACCCUUCAUCUUCAUGGAUAGUUCCAUUGAAUCAAAGGUGGAACAAUGUUACUUCCAUGGUUCAAUCUUCAAUGCAGAUGUGUAACCCUUUUGGAAUUGAUCCUAAUGCAAUGCAGUGGUGUCACGCGCCGGUGGUCGCGGUCACGAACAUUUUGACUCCAAACAUUGGAUUGCAAUUUGUUCCAGGAUCAUAUGGAAAUGGAAAUGUUUCAAUAGGUUCAAAUGGUUGCAUUUCACCUUCUUCAUCAACUACUAGUAACAGUUUUUGUGAAGGCAAUACAUUUGGUCUCCAGAGUAUCGUUGAGAAGAGUGCUUGUUGA